AUGGCUCAUGCAUUGAUCUUUGGCGCCUCUGGUAUUUCCGGGUGGUCUCUUAUGAACCAAGCAAGGAUCUACCCCUCGCCAACGGCAUUCGCUCGUAUCACCGGUACCACGAACCGACCAACUUCCAUUGGACAGCUCCAGAUCCCAUACGACGAUCGAAUUCAGUUGGCUUCGGGUAUUGAUUUGACCAAAAGCGUUGAUGAGGUCGUUGCCGCACUCAAGGAAAAGGUCCCACACGUUGACACUGUUUCACACGUGUUUUUUACUGCGUACAUUCCGAAAGAUGAUUUCGAAUCGCUCAGGACAGUGAACACGAGCCUCUUGGAAGUUGCUGUACGUGCUGUAGAAAGGGUCUCGCCAAAGUUCGAGGUUUUCAUUUUGCAAACAGGCGGCAAAGGUUAUGGACUCGAGUUUCCUAAAGAGGUCAACAUCUCACCCCCUCUGAAAGAAACGCAUCCCCGUAUUCCGAAACCGUGGGCGAGUAAGAUCUUCUACUACACCCAGUAUGAUUUACUCAAGGACCUCUCCCAUGGGAAGAAAUGGACAUUUUCUGAGAUCCGUCCUGACGGCAUCGUGGGCUUUGCCCCAGGAUCUAACGCAAUGAACAUGGCACAAGGUAUUGCCAUCUAUCUUACAAUGUUCAAGGAAGUCAACGGCACUGGAGCCAAAGUUCCAUUCCCCGGCUACGAACACGGGUAUCAUUCGACGCACUCGGACACUUUCCAGGAUAUUCUAUCCAAGAUGGAGAUCUACGCUGCCUUGAAUCCCGAUAGAUGUGGCGAUGGUGGCGUUUUCAAUGUAGCGGAUGGAAAGACUAUCACUUGGGCUCAGGUCUGGCCAAGGCUCUGCGAGCACUUCGGUCUCGUUGGCGGUCAGCCUGAUGCUAGUGCCACUCCGAUGCUGGAUUUCGUCAAGACAAACAAGCAAGCAUGGAUCAAUGUCGCUAAGAGACAUGGGCUCAACGAGAAGCUUAUUGAUGAACAGGGUUGGGGACACACUCACUUCAUGAUGGUGGAUUUCGACUUUGAUAGACAGUACGAUCUUUCUCAUGCACGUUCUGUUGGGUUCAUGGAAGAGAUUGAUACAGUUGAUGGGUACAUUCAGUCUUGGGCAAGAAUGAGGGCCGCCAAGCUUCUUCCGCCCAAUUGA